AUGAAGGCUAGUAGAGUGAAGGCACGAGAUAUUAGUAAGAAGUUAGGCUUCAAACAUUGUGAAAUUGUGGAUGCUAUAGGCUUUCGAGGAGGCCUUUGGGUCGCUUGGAAUAACGAUGACAUUAAAGUUUCUAUCAUGGAGACAAACGAGCAAUUUAUUCACACAAUGAUUGAAAGAGGAAGUGAUAAGAUCUUUGUUACUACAGUUUAUGCUUGUCCCAAUAUCUUGAUUCGCCGUUCCCUCUGGCCUCUCCUUCGAAGAAUUAAUCCAGGUAAUGAAUGGCCAUGGUUCAUAAGGGGAGACUUCAAUGCCACCCUCUACUCUAACGAGCGUCAGUCGUCCGCUCUAAGGACAACUUCUAUUGAUUGUGAUUUCUAUAAAUGGGUGGAGGAGAUGGAACUCACUGAUAUGGGUUGCGUAGGACCCUACUUUACUUGGAAACGAGAGGGAUGUGAAAGCAGAAUUGAUCGAGUCCUAGCUAAUGCUAAAGCUCAGUCUACGUUUAUAGACGCCGUGGUCAAACAUCUCCCUUGGUUCAAGUCUAAUCGCUGCCCCCUUCUUCUUCAGCUAUGGCCAGGUAUGGUUCCUCGAUCUAGUACUUCCCGCCCUUUCCGUUUUAAUGCUCCUUGGGUGCUUCAUGAUGAUUUCAACAGAUUAGUAAAAGAUAGUUGGGAGCAUAAAGUUAAUUGGGUUGAGAAUAUCGAGAAGUUUAUUAAAGUCCUUGUUGAUUGGAGUAAUACCUCUUCUCUUGAACAGCUCCAAAGAAAACUAUGGUUUGAAUUGGAAGAGGUGAUUCUCCAAGAGGAUCUCCUUUGGGCUCAAAAAGCUAAAUGCGACUGGUAUACUCUUGGUGACAAGAACUCCAAGUUUUUUCAUACCCACGUAAAUGAUCGAAGAAGAAGGAAUAAAAUUGAAGCUAUUCUUCAAGAGAAUGGGGAGUAG